AUGGCGCGAGCACACCUGGCUUUCAAAAGGGAUGGGAGACACUUGUUUGAGCAGGGAGCUGAGAAGAGGAAGCGUUGUGAUCCAGAGAUGAAAGGACUGAUAUAUCUUCUGUUUCAAGGUGUUCUGCUGUAUGAGACUUUGGCAUGGGAAGUGAGAAUGCCAUCAGAAAUUCAUGGCCUCAAUGGAUCCUGUCUGGUUAUACCGUGCUCUUACUCUUACACUUCAAACCCACCAACUAACCCACGUAGAGUUGUGUGGUAUCAGUAUGUGUUGAGUGGCUACCCUUUAGUUUAUGAUCCCUUGAAUCCAGACAAAGUUAUUGACAAGUUCAGAGGAAAAACUGAUAUAUAUAAUACAACAAACUCAGAUCGGAAUUGUAGUCUGCUGAUCAAAAGCCUUAAUCCGUCUCACAAUGGAGAAAAAUUAUAUGCAUGGAUUGACCGAGAAAAUAUUGGAACAAGCACCUACAAGUUUUAUGACGUCACCUCCACGAUUAUUGUUGACACAAAUCCACAGCAGCCCAUCAUUAAUAUUUCUGGAGGUUUAAAGACCGGUGACAGCAUUACAGUAGCGUGUUACACCAUUCACACCUGUCCAUACAGAAAACCAAACAUUGUUCUGAAGGGUAUUGAAGGAUCUGAUCAAAUAGAUGAUGUUCAUAUGAAAAAUGGUCAAUGGAAAAUCACUCUGACACGCACCGGUGUUGUGAAGGCUGAACGCUCAGAUAUUGAGUGUACUGUAACACAUCAUGGAGGCAUAACAACAAGAGCUACAAAAUCACAAAGUGCAAAAUGUGUCUAUUAUAGUAUAACCAUUGAGCCUAAACAGGCAGCAGAUAUCACAGAGGGCAUUGGUAUGAACUUCACUUGUUCCGUCCACCAUUCGUGUCAGACGAAUCCUCCGAUCCUCUCCUGGAACUAUGAGAACAUGCCGGUCAAUGAUGGAAAGAAACAACUUACAGGGUUUGAAUUGGCCACCUUUUCCACCAUAACCUUUUUUGGGGCAACGAAAGAUGAUGGGAAGAAAUUAAUCUGCACUGCAAAUAUUUCUGGACAGAACAUCACAGCAUCUGUCGACUUACAUGUACAACGUGUCUAUUAUAAUAUAACCAUUGAACCUAAACUGGCAGCAGAUAUCAUAGAGGGUGUUGAUAUGAACUUUACUUGUACUGUCCAUCAUUCCUGCCAGACGAAUCCAAUGAUCCUUUCCUGGAACUAUGAGAACAUGUCUGUCAAUUAUGAUACGAAACAACUUACAGGGCUCGAAUGGGCCACCUUUUCCACCAUAACCUUUUUGUGGACAAAGAAAGACGAUGGGAAGAAAUUAAUCUGCACUGCAAAUAUUUCUGAACAGAAAAUCACAGCAUCUGUUGACUUACAUGUACAACGUGAGAAUAAACCUGAUGUGAUGACCUUUGACAUGAUGACAAUUGGCCUUUACAUUCUAGCCCCCUCACUUGUCUUUCUUCUUAUUUGCAUAUUUGCUGGAGUCAUCAUAUACAAGAAGUGUAACAGGUCAAAUGAUCUGUAUGAAGCAGCGGCCUGUGUACCAUCACCAAAGAGUCAGAGAAAAUCCUGCACUAUUGAGGACUAUGAAGAUUAUUACGCCAUCAUGGAAGAUGUCAACAUUUAUUAA